AUGGCGAGCUCAGUAGAGGACCCGCACCUGGGCUCGGCUCCAGAGGAGGAGGAGUCCGUCAGUGGCUCCUCAGACUCAGACAGUGUUCUCUCGGAUGACUCUGUACUGCCAGAGAGGCCCCUCAGCGACAGGAACGGAGCCCCGGCGUCGCGGCUGUACCAGGCCUGCGCCCGGAAUGAGCCUCUGUCUCUGCUCAGACUCCUGCAGCGAGGAGUGACUGCAGAGGAGGUGAUGGAGGUGGACAACAAUGGAUGGAGCGGUCUGAUGGUGGCGUGCUGUAAAGGCUUCAUCAACAUCGUCCACGGUCUUCACGGCUGCCCCUUCCUCAACGUCAACCUCCAGGACAAAGAUGGAAAUACAGCUCUCAUGAUCGCCUCCCAGGCAGGCCACACAAACACAGUGAUGUACCUCCUGAACUACUAUCCAGGCCUGAACACUGAGAUCAAAGACGUCCGCGGCUUCACGGCUCUGAUCAAAGCCACGAUCAGCGGCAGAGACGACAUUGUGGCGGCGCUGCUCAUGGCGGGGGCCGACCUUCACGCCACAGACACGGCCAGAGGAAAGUGUGCUCAAGAGUGGGCUCUAAAAACAGCUCGAUACGAGACUCUGCACCGGUUUCGACGUCUCGCCCUUCGGCCCAAAGCUGAGCAGUUGUGUGAGAGCUUUGUCCCCGAGUGGCCGGACCUGAAGGAGAGAGUGGCCAAAGCUAUGUGUGAAAAGAGUCGGACACAGAAACUCACACAGAGCUUCAAGAACACGUUUGGAUUCAGGAUCCCACGAGACCCGCAGGACAACGGUGUGAUGGACCACAUGGUCAGAAUCACCACCAGUGUGCACAGUCCUCUCAUCACCACCGGGUGUCGCCCUCUCUGUCCCUCCAGCCCGCCACAGGUCGGCAUCAAGCGCUACACUGUGCCAGACUUGCUGCAGAAACACCCAGAGAAAGACUUAGGAGCCGUCACCGUCUGCCACACGGACAGCUCCACGGCACACAUGACGUCCUCGCUUCCAUCUGCAGAAUCCAUCUCUCCUCAGUGCUGCGUGAGUGAGGAGCGCAGAGGGAGCAUGUUGUCCAUUGCAGGAGAUAAAGUGGCGUCUGCGUUCAUCCCGCGGAGCAUGGCCCGCAGAAACAGCAUCUUCCCAUCUGGGUGUAUUCCAAACAUCAGCGUGAGCCGCCCCCCCGAGAACACCCCCAAGAAGAAGAAGAAGAAGAAGAAGGACAAGAGCUUUCUGCAGCCGCCGGAUUGGAAAUACAAGGAGGAGAGACAAGAGAAGAAGAGAGAGGAGAAGAGAAAGAAGGAGGCUGAGGAGAAAGUAAAACAGGAACAAUCCAAGAAGAGGGAGAGUAAGAAGAGCAAGAAGUAG